AUGUCUCGUCUCAUACGAGAUGUGAGUUAUUUUCUAUUAAUUAUUGUUGAUAGUUUGCUAGCUGUGAUCUUCUACGCUCUAAAAACAUUUGUAAACAUCGUUAAAACUGUAUCGAAUAUAAUUAUCAAUGUAAAUAUGACAAAAUCUUCAAAGAAACGAAAGAUAGUACAUAAUCCCGAUAGUAACCCCAUUUCAUUCAAACGGGGUGCGAUUGAUGAGAAUUGGCAGAAACUAUUAUCUAGCACGUUAUUUAUGGAACAGAAAAAUGAAAAAACUGAAUCGAAAGAUAAAAAACACUACACGGGCUCCUUCCGGAGAUCUAGGAAAGAGAAAAACAAAACCGAAACAGAGGCAGUUGAAAAUAAUUUAGGUACAUUAAAUAUAUCAGAGCAAACAUCGGAAAAACAGAAAGAGUUAGAUAAAAAUAAAAAUAAUAAUGAAAACAGGAAUAAAUUAACGAAAUUUUUGGCAAUGGAUUGCGAAAUGGUUGGAGUUGGUUACGAAGGCAAUGACCACAUGAUAGCAAGGGUAUCAAUAGUCAAUAAGUUCGGGGACUGCAUAUACGAUAAGUUCGUAAAAGCAAGAGAGGAAGUAGUGGAUUAUAGAACGAAAGUCAGCGGCAUUAGAAAAGAGGAUCUGUUAAACGGAGAAGAGUUUACCGUAGUACAGAAAGAAGUCUCCGAGCUUAUAAAGGGAAAGAUACUUGUAGGACACUCGUUAAAAAACGAUUUAAGUGUGCUAUAUCUGUCUCAUCCGAAACGAAAUAUAAGAGAUACAUCGAGAUAUAAACCUUUCCGGAAGAUAACAAAAGGCAGUACACCGUCAUUAAAACGCCUGGCUAAAGAAAUACUCGGCAUUGACAUUCAGGACGGAGAACAUAGUUCGGUAGAAGAUGCUCGGGCAGCCAUGCAGAUAUACUGUACGGUACAGAAGACGUGGGAACAAGCACUCAGUGAGAAGAGAGGGUACAGUAAGAAGUUUGUGGAGGCAUAA